UCUUCGUCCUCAUCCACCACAUCCUCACCCCCUUCCUCCCUCGUCUUCUCUCAUUAUCUUACCAUGGCUGAGACCCAAGUCCCUACUUUCAAGCUCGUCCUCGUUGGUGAUGGAGGAACUGGAAAGACAACCUUCGUCAAGCGCCACUUGACCGGUGAAUUCGAGAAAAAGUACAUCGCCACUCUCGGUGUCGAGGUCCACCCCCUCUCCUUCUCCACCAACUUCGGUACGAUCUGCUUCAACGUCUGGGAUACCGCCGGACAGGAGAAGUUUGGUGGUCUCCGUGAUGGCUACUACAUCCAGGGCCAAUGCGGUAUCAUCAUGUUCGAUGUCACCUCCCGUAUCACCUACAAGAACGUGCCCAACUGGCAUCGCGACCUCGAGCGUGUCUGCGAGAACAUCCCCAUUGUCCUGUGUGGAAACAAGGUCGAUGUUAAGGAGCGGAAAGUGAAGACUGCCCACGUCACCUUCCACCGAAAGAAGAGCAUCCAGUACUUCGAGAUCUCGGCGAAGUCCAACUACAACUUCGAGAAGCCCUUCCUUUGGCUCGCAAGGAAGCUCGUUGGAAACCCCACUCUCGACUUCGUCGCUGCUCCCGCCCUUGCCCCUGCCGAGGUCCAGGUUGACCCUGCGUUGAUGGCCAAGUACAGCGAGGAGCUGGCUCAGGCCGAGGCCGUCCCUCUCCCCGAGGAAGAUGACGACUUGUAAACUUGCUCCGAAUCCCACACCCUUUUCUCGCUUUUCUUCCAACUGUUCCAACAUAUCAUGUGACGAAGUAGUACCCCCACCCGUGUUUCCAAUAUACAGCGAACGAGCAUUCCGGUCUGAUGUCGAUGGAUUAUCUUCUCGUACGCUUGUUGUUUUGAUAUAAAUGUCAAAGGAUCGCAUUUUCUGC